AGUUGGGAUGCGUUGGUGUGUUUUUAUUGAAUCCGGAAAAUGUUUUCCGUCAAAUUUUUAAGGAAAAAAUUUGUCUAAGACAAAGAAAACAUUGUCCGUCGUAACAAACACAUCCUAUGUUUUUUUUUUCUUUUUCAAGUGAAGAGCCUUCUUCUAUUUAGUUCAUUACUUGCAUUUCUUCUGAGACGAAGUACAUUGAUACUCUGGUAGUUUGGAUUGGAUGGGGUAAAUUCUUUGGUUAAUCUAGCUACUGGCUUUCAGGAAUGUCUUUCAGAUAAUUGCAUAUCAUAACAUUAAAUUUGGAUUUUCAGAUCCCAAAACCUGACAUUCCUCUUCUUCUCCUUUUUUGGAAUAAGUGAAAGGCUCAAUGGGCAAACAUGUAUAUUCUUGACAUUAAUUAGUGAAAUGAUUCUUUCGGGCUUUGCUUAAUUGCUUGUUUCCAUUUUCUAUUCUGGAACAAAAGGGAGGUAGAAAAUUAUUGAAGUCUAAGAGGCUAGGACUAGUGGGCUGCAAAUUUGUUAGACAAUGUGAAUCUAGUUAUCUGGUGAAUUCAUAAGCAUCUUUAUGAAAAACAAUAAUUUUUGUUGAUGUAAGUAUGCAGGAGUGUGAUUUUCCUAUUGAAAAGUGGAUUGUUUAGAAGGUGUUGUUACUACUUUUACAGAUAGAGGGACAUCGGUUUCCCAAUAGGUUGCUGAAAUGUAUUGUUGUUGCUUCUAGUCUACAACAUUGUUGCAUAUACUUUUGUUUGAUGAUCUUGUGUCUAAUACAAUUAAAAGUUUGAAUAAUCUGGAAGUCCUUUGCUUGUCGCUCGCUCUGUUGAGAUACACAGAUAAAAAAUCCAUAUUUAUCUGAAAGCUGAAAUCCACGUAGCUGCCACAUAGGAAAAUUAAAGUGGGACAUGGGUAUUUAACGGAGUAGGGAUAAAUAUGGACUUUUUUUUGAUAGUACAAGGGUAAAUAUGGCUCUAAAGUUGGAUGACAAGGGCAAAUAUGUUGAAAAAAGUAUAAUGAAUAGCAAAUAUAGCUUAUUUGCGAGAGUACAAGGGCAAAUCUGACCCUUUUCCGUUUCACUUAUCUCUCUUCUUCAACCAAUAUAUCCUCAAUUCUUUCAUUUUCCCUUCUUGAUUAUUCGAGUUACAGUGGACUUACGCAAGGUUUAAGGUUCAACAUCGACAACAAUGGGGAAAAGGAAAUCAAGUCCAAGCUCAGAUUCAGUGAAGAUUUUAGGUAGAGGAUGUAAGGUUGAUUUGUCUGCUAUUAAGGGAAAGGAUGUAGUUGAUUCCCCCUCUAAAAGUAUUGAUGUUUUCACACCGUUGGAAGAACCGAAUUUCAAUUUGCUGACUCCCACACCUAAAUCUCCCGCCAAAGUGGUGGAAAUGCAAAGUGUGGGAGGUUUGAUAUCUCACAAUGCUCAUAGUGUCGAUGUGGAUCCAAGGGAGGAGACUUUAGUUGUAUCUUCUAAAAGGUCCAAAGAAUCUCCAAAUAUUGGGGACAUCAAUUCGACACGCAAGAAUCAUAAAGAGGGAUCAAAGUUUGAUGAAAAGAAAAAAGAAAAAUCUGUUCAAGUUCAAGAUGUACGUCCAAGCGAGGAUGUUAGCGUCGAAAGGAGAAAGGCCGAGCAGACCAAAGGUCGAAACAAGGGUCCAAGCGAGGAUGUUAGCCUCAAAAGGAGAAAGGCCGAGCAGACAAAAGGUCCAAACGAGGAUGUUAGCCUCAAAAGGAGAAAGGUCGAGCAGACAAAAGGUCAAAACAUGGGUCCAAGCGAGGAUGUUAGCCUCAAAAAGAGAAAGGUCGAGCAGAUGAAAGGUCAAAACAAGGAGCUGAAGGAAGAUAUGUCUCCGAAAGGUGUGAAACGAAAACAAUCGGGCGCUGAUGAAGGUAUUAUCAGCAACUUGCCACGGACUGUGAUAGCUCGCAUCCUAGGGAAAAUGCCUAUACGUGAAGCUGUAAGAACCAGUGUUCUGUCUAAAACGUGGAGAUCGCACUAUUUGUACAUUCCACAGUUAGUAUUUGAUGACCAGUUUUGCAAAGAAGUUGAUGACUUCUGUGUGAAGAAAGGAAAAGAUAUUUAUGAGCUCAAGUACAAUCAAUUUGAUGAAAUUAUCACCAAAUCCCUUCUGCUUCAUCUUUGUGGAUUAGAGAGAUUCGAAGUAUGCAUUCCUUAUAAUGUCUCAACUGAGGCUCCUUGUUUGAACAAAUGGAUACAAUAUUUAUCUUAUAAAAACAUCAAGGAAUUAGUGUUGAUAUGGAAGGCUCAUAUGCAUCGUCAUAAGUUGCCUACUUCGUUCUUCUCUUGUCUGCACUUGACAUCCUUGAAGCUUAUUAAUUUUGUUCUUUCGCCACCACUAGAGUUUGAAGGCUUCUUUAAACUCCGCGAUUUAGUACUUUAUGGGGUUGACUUUAUAAACAACUGUUUCGAAAGUUUUAUUUCUAGCUGCCCUUUUCUUAAAAUUCUAUCAUUGUUUGGGUGCUCUGGCAUCCAUCAUUUUAACAUCAGUGGUCCUAAACUGAAGAGUUUGUUCAUCAAAGCCGAUACGUUCAAAUCAAUCUCCUUGAAGAAUACUCCUAAAUUGUCUAAAGUUUCUGUCUAUCUGGAGAGAGCUCUAAUUGGCCUGGAAACCCGCCAUGUCUCUGAUUUAGUUAUGUUUGUGGGUAGCAUGUCCAAUGUCAAAAUACUUCAACUUGAUGGCAAGUUUCUGCAGCUCCUAGCUGAAACUCCAUUUCCGCCUACGCUCAGGACACCACCAGACUCUCUAAAGAUUCUUGAACUCAAAGAUGUAAACUUUAUGGACUUGAAUCAAGUAUCUGUUGUUGUCUGCUUGCUUAGAAGUGCCCCGAAUUUGCAAGAACUUUAUAUUGAGGCUUCUACGGUCGAGCUAAAUCAGGAACUAGUCUCAGAUUAUCUAAAACACCUUGACUACACAAAUUUUCCCCUCAGCAAACUUCAUCUGGCGAAGUUAACAAACAUCUCAAGUUUUAUUCCUGAGUUUGAGUUUAUCCGGUUCCUUCUCUUUAGUUCGCCAUCACUUGUGACAAUGACCAUCCUGCAGCACCCACAACUUGAAGAAAAAGAAGCAUUGAACAUAGCUAUAAAGCUGCUCCAGUUUCGGCUGUCAUCUGUAGUGUCUAUAAAUUUCUCGAGGGACAAUGAAAUAUAAGUAUCAUAAUGUUCAGCCAUUUUGAUCACAAGUACACAGGAGCAGAAUAUUGUAGCAGAUAAACCCGCUAAAUAUGGAUGUAGCCUACAAAGUCGUAUAAAUAUACUACAUUUUGCUAUCCCCCUUUGUUUCAGACCUAGUGGAAGCAGCCAAAGUGGGAACUGUGUAGUUUAGAAAUGUUCCUUUUUGUAUGAUCCUACUCUUUGUAAUGAUCUCAGCUUUUUGUAAUGAUCCUAGUAACAGUACUCAUGUGCAAACACAAAUUAUAGGAUCAAGCUACCUUGUGCUUAUGCGUUAUGUGAUGUAACGACCCGUUUGGUCGUUUUGGCGUUU